UGAAGAGCCGCUCCGGGCUUGUUUUCCGAUGUUAGCCGAUUAGCAGGUUAGCAUGUAAUUGGAGCUCUGGCGCGGCUGGCUGUAAUUUUUCUCAUUCAGAUAUCUGACUUUACGCUGCCGAACGCGUAAGAGUGUCGAUUUGCUCGCUGAACAUUUCGUGAAUACCCUGUCUCUGUCUCAGGUCGGACUCUUGCGAGAUUCCGUUCACUUGUGGAGUAUGAGUACAUAAUGAAGCGACGCUUGGAGGAUCAGGAUACAUCAUUUGGGUCUCAGCGGCGGCUCCCCGGGGGUGCAGAAGGCUUUCAGCACCGUGUCCUUACCUCUGCAUCUUCAGUGUACGAGGCUGCCUCAGACAAUAUGCAGCCCUCUGCUGGAGUGCAGUACUCUCAGGUCCCUCAGACCUAUCAGGUGCCCUUGGCUCAGAGCUCUGGAGGACACGGACACACUAGCAGUCCUGCAGUACACAGCGGUGCUCAUCAUCACAACAACCCUGUGGUCCAGCCACCAGGAAACCCUGUAGGCCAGGGCCACUCUCACACUUCCCCUGCCUCUGCCCCAACAUCAGGCCAGCAGCAGUUCCAGAGGCUUAAGGUUGAAGAUGCCCUGUCGUACCUUGAUCAAGUAAAGCUUCAGUUUGGAAAUCAGCCUCAAGUGUACAAUGAUUUUCUUGAUAUUAUGAAAGAAUUUAAGUCUCAAAGCAUUGACACCCCAGGCGUGAUUAACAGGGUCUCGCAGUUAUUUAAGGGCCACCCAGACCUCAUCAUGGGCUUCAACACCUUCCUACCCCCUGGCUACAAGAUAGAAGUUCAGACCAAUGAUCUGGUCAAUGUAACAACCCCAGGACAGAUCCACCACAUUACCCCACAUGGCAUUUCAGUACAGAAUAUUCCUAUAACAACUCAGCACCAGACCCAGACACCACCAGCCCCCAUCAGCACUGCUGCUCUCACCACCCCCAGCCAGCCUACACCCGCCAAGAUCAGCAAGCCAAUACAAUCACCUGCACUGACCCCAACCAGCCAGCCUAAUCCGUCCAUCCCGUCCUAUGCCUCUCCUCGCUCCCCUUCAGUACAGUCUCACACUCCAGUGAGCAGCACGCCUGCCAGUGCUCCUCCACUGCAGAACAACCAACCUGUGGAGUUCAACCAUGCUAUUAACUAUGUGAAUAAGAUCAAGAACCGCUUUCAGGGUCAGCCAGACAUCUACAAAGCCUUCCUGGAGAUUCUGCACACAUACCAGAAAGAGCAGCGGAAUGCUAAGGAAGCUGGAGGAAACUACACCCCGGCUCUUACUGAGCAAGAGGUCUAUGCUCAAGUGGCAAGACUUUUCAAAAACCAGGAGGAUCUCCUGUCUGAAUUUGGCCAGUUCCUGCCAGAUGCCAAUAGUUCUGUGUUACUGAGUAAAACAACAGCUGAAAAGACUGAGUCUGUGCGUAUGGAACCUGGUGGCAUGCUGAAGAGGCCCCAGCUCAACAACAAGCAGAGAUUUAACCAGAAUGGCUGCCAGAUCCGCAGACAUUCCGGGCCCGGUUCUACUCCACCUGUAAAGAAGAAACCGAAGUUUAUGGGGAAAGAGCAUCCAGUAGCUGAAGGCAGCAAAUUUGGAAUUGGCACAGAAUCUUUGUUUUUUGAAAAGGUGAGGAAAGCACUGAGGAGUGCAGAGGCCUAUGACAAUUUCCUGCGCUGUUUGGUGAUCUUCAAUCAAGAGGUGAUCUCAAAAGCAGAACUAGUGCAACUGGUGCUACCUUUUCUAGGGAAAUUCCCUGAGCUGUUUACCUGGUUCAAGAACUUCCUGGGCUACAAAGAAUGUGCCCACAUUGAAAGCUUUCCCAAAGAGCGGGCCACAGAGGGCAUUGCCAUGGAGAUUGACUAUUCGUCAUGUAAGAGACUGGGUUUCAGUUACAGAGCUCUGCCCAAGAGCUUCCAGCAGCCUAAAUGUACGGGCAGAACUCCACUCUGUAAGGAGGUGCUGAAUGACACAUGGGUGUCCUUCCCAUCCUGGUCUGAAGACUCUACUUUUGUCAGCUCCAAAAAGAAUCAGUACGAAGAGCAUAUAUACAGAUGCGAGGAUGAGCGCUUUGAGCUGGAUGUUGUGCUGGAGACAAACCUGGCCACUAUCCGUGUUCUGGAGACUGUUCAAAAGAAGCUGUCCCGGAUGUCAGCAGAGGAACAGGCCAAAUUCAGGUUGGACAAUACUAUCGGAGGCUCCUCUGAGGUCAUUCACCGCAAAGCCAUCCAGAGGAUAUAUGGGGACAAGGCUGCAGACAUCAUUGAUGGUCUCAAGAGGAACCCUGCAGUCUCAGUACCAAUUGUUCUGAAAAGAUUGAAAAUGAAAGAAGAAGAGUGGCGUGAGGCUCAAAGAGGCUUCAACAAGAUCUGGAGGGAGCAGAAUGAGAAGUAUUACCUCAAGUCAUUAGACCACCAGGGCAUUAACUUCAAACAGAAUGACACGAAAGUGUUCCGCUCCAAAACACUGCUCAAUGAAAUUGAGGCUCAGUAUGAUGAGCGGCAGGAGCAGGCCUCAGAAGACAGCUCCACCCCUCCAUCUGGCCCCCACAUGACCCUGCCAUACGAAGACGGUCAGAUCUUGGAAGAUGCUGCCUCUCUCAUCAUCCACCACGUUAAGAGACAGUCCAGUAUUCAUAAAGACGACAAGUACAAAAUCAAGCAGGUUAUCUAUCACUUCAUUCCUGACAUGCUAUUUGCCAGACGUGGCGAGCUGUCUGAUGUCGAGGAGGAUGAGGAAGAAGAGGAGGAGUCAGUGCCAGGUGAAGAUGGAGCAAAGAAGCACAACGGCACGACCCCGGCCAAGUCCAAACUUCUGUUCAACCACACAACACCAGCACAGCAAAAACUGAGCACGUGCGAUGAGGCCUAUAACCUCUUCUAUGUCAACAACAAUUGGUAUGUCUUCCUUCGCCUGCACCAUAUCCUGUGCUCCAGGCUGCUGCGCAUCUAUGGACAGGCCGAGAAGCAGAUCGAGGAGGAAUCGAGAGAGAGAGAGUGGGAACGCAAUGUGUUGGGGCUGAAGAGAGAGAAAAAUGACAGUCCAGCUGUCCAGCUGCGGCUGAGGGAGCCAAUGGACAUUGAUGUUGAGGACUACUACUCUGCUUUUCUGGAGAUGGUGCGGAACCUUCUGGAUGGAAACAUGGAGACAUCUCAGUAUGAGGAUCAGCUGAGGGAGAUGUUCACCAUUCAUGCCUACAUCGCGUUCACCAUGGACAAGCUCAUCCAGAGCAUCGUCAGGCAGCUCCAGCACAUAGUGAGUGAUGACAUCUGUGUUCAGGUGACAGAGCUUUACCUCAGUGAAUGUGCUAAUAAAGGCACUGGCGGAACCACAUCCACUCAGGCAUCCAGGGCCAGUGUGGAGGCGGCCUACCAGCGCAAAGCUGAGCAGCUCAUGUCAGACGAAAACUGUUUUAAGUUACUAUUCCAAAAGAGUAAAGGGAGUGUGCAGCUGGCAGUGGAGCUUCUGGACACAGAGGAGGAGAACUCUGAUGAGCCUGUGGAGGCUGAGCGGUGGUCAGAUUACGUCGAGCGGUACCUAACCACGGACUCUGCUUCUCCGGAGCUGCGGGAGCACCUCUCCCAGAAGCCUGUGUUUCUGCCCAGGAACCUCCGACGGAUCCGAAAGUGCCAGCGAGGGCAGGACGUACAGAUGAGAGAGGCUAAGGAAGCUGCUAAGAAAUCCGCUGACACGUCAGAUGGCCCCAAGAUGGAAUGCAUGUUCAAGCUGAACUCCUACAAGAUGGUUUAUGUCUUCAAAUCAGAAGAUUACAUGUACAGACGCACAGCACUGUCAAGAGCCCACCAGUCUCACCAGCAACUUAGCACUCGCCUUCAUCAGCGUUUCCAGGCAUGGCUGGACACAUGGAGAAAGGCGCACGUGACCAGCGACAUGUCUGCUGAAAACCACAAGUGGCUGAUGGGAGACUACCAGGAGGGGCUGCGACCCUGUAAGACCACCUGUGAGCCCAAUAUCCUCCACUUCCAGCCCAUCAACAGAUACAGGGUUCUGUAUACCACUGCAUAACACUGCACUCUCUGGGGUGGUGGGGGUGGUGAGAUUUCUUUUCAACUUUUAAAGAAGAAAAGAAAAGAUACCUGACUGAAGCAGCACUGAAAUUUAAUGCUGGUUGCCAUGGGGCUCUUUCCAGAUUUAUUGCUCUUAUCCACUUUUUUUUAUCUAAUUAAACUUUUAGAUGGGAACUUCUCUCCUUGAACUUGUUGCCAAGUUGGCAUGCCUUCCUGAUAUUUCAAUCAUGUUGGAGCAAAGACUUUAGUGUUUUAUUAUUUUAUUGUUUUGAUUUCCUAAUUGCACAAAGUCAUUUUGUGUAACUAUCCAGACGAUAAUCAAAGUGUGGAACUGAAAAAAAAAAGUAUGGUCACAGGUCAGUGUCUCGAUGUUUUUAAUUUUUCAAGUUAUUUUGGUGUAGUUGAUUAGCAAUAUGCCUUUUUGUUGAUGUUGUUGUUGUUGUUGUUGUUAUUGUUGUUGUCGUCAUUGUUAUUGUUGUUUGAUUCAGUGUUGACCACAUUCUUACAAACACUAUCAAUAAUGGCAGCCAGAUUGUCCUCCUUGUAGAAUGAAUUAGGAGACUGUAAGCACUGAUGUUAACUUGGUCAGAUAGUGGGGGAAGUCUUGGUAUCAGAUCAUGCAGCGCUGCCUGGCCUGAUGAUGUGAAUUUGUACAGGCUCUGUAUGUCAAUAUGAGAGUUCUGUGCUGUUAAAUAUUUAUAAAACCCCUGAGUGAGGCAAUUAUGCAUUAAUGGUUAUCUACAAUACCAGCUUCAACAUGGAAACUAAAGGACAAAAGCAGCCACAGUAUCUCAGAUGAUGUAAAUAAUUUGUAUAUAUUCCAGACUGUUUAUAUUCUGAAAACAUUCAAAUGUAGUUCACCUUUUGGACUUUUAUCUUAGCAGAGGUGACUAAUGCUGGUCUGUAUAUUGUAACCAAUCACCUUUUUUACCAAAGGGAGUUAUUGCUAUAAUUUUUCUUUCGCUCCUAUCUCAUUAUUUUUUGUGUUUGUGAGUUGUCUGGGACUUUAAAGAAUGUUCUGUAUGUAGAAUGCCUUUUCAUGACACAUUUGAAGAAUUUUUUUACCCAACCUUAUAUUGAAAAUUUGUGACACUGCCCGUGCUCCUAUAUUGCUGAGUAGAGCUUAGAAGCAAUUCACUGUUAUUGUCCUGUUUUGCCUCCCAACUAGUGCUAAUAUGGAAAAAAAAUUGUGAUUUUAAUUUGGGGCACUUCUGUUUUUGUGCACCAAGUGUUGAUAAAACUGCUGAAAAACUAUGGAAAAGCAUAUUCAAAAAAAGACAAUGACAGCAUGUUUCUAUGUUCUCAUGUACAGUCUUUUGUAUUAUUCAUUGUUUUAAAGAUUGAAAUAAAACAAAGUUGUAGUAGAUUAA